CUCACCGUCCCCUGAUUUUCCCCUUUAGGGAAGGCUCCGUUAUCAGAUCAUCUGAUAAUUUUUAUCGAUUUCUCUUGGAUGGCUCGGCCGUGUCACCUCACAGCAUCCUGCACAACAGUAUUAGCGCAAUCCAGCCGGGGUACAGCCGGAAGGGGAGCGUACAGUCGCUCAAGCCUUCUCAAAGCAGGCAAUCUCCCGCAUGGAAGAAAAUUUCGACUUCUUGUGCCAGAGGAUAAAUACCGCUGCAUUGCAUGUGGGUGCAGGCCUUCUGUUUUAAUUUAUCGUGUUGAUCAUUUCAACGUUAACUUUCGGCCCGGGGGGAGCCUUCGCAUCCAUGCUCAGCAACGGCGACAACAGCCCGCCUUCCUCGCGCGGCGGGGCCAACAAUAACACAGCGGAGGCCGCCGAUGCCGCUACCACCCAACAUGACCUCGCCGGCCGGCCAUCCUCCACCAUCACGAUCGACGAAAAGUCGCCCGGUGUCCGCCGCAUCGAGGCGCUCUCGGCCGUCUUGACCACGGGGGACCGCGUUUUUAUCUUCAUUGGCGUCUUUCUGGUGGCCUUUGCGUAUGGGCUCGACGGCACAGUGCGCUAUGCGUACCAAGCGGAAGCGACGGCCUCCUUCUCGCAGCACUCGCUUCUGGCCUCCGUGAACGUGCUGCGGUCCGUCAUUGCUGCCGCUGCCCAGCCCACCUCGGCCAAGAUUGCCGACAUCUUCGGUCGCGCCGAGCUCGUCUGCCUGUCCGUGCUCUUCUACGUUGUCGGCACCCUCGUCGAGACCGUGUCGCACAAUGUCUCGACCUUCUCAGCGGGAGCCAUCAUCUACCAGAUCGGCUACACCAUGAUCAUGCUGCUCGUCGAGGUCAUCGUCGCCGACAUCACGUCGACGCGCGCCCGCCUCCUCUUCAGCUACAUCCCGGCCACGCCCUUCCUCAUCACCACCUGGGUCAGCGGCAACAUCUCGCAAGCCGUGCUGGGCGCCACCACCUGGCGCUGGGGCAUUGGCAUGUGGUGCAUCAUCUACCCCGUUUGCGCCAUGCCGCUGAUCCUGAGUCUGGCCGUCGUCGGCCACCGCGCCCGCAAACACGGCCUGAUGGAGAAGUACAGCGAGGCAGUCAAGCGCCAGCCCUGGGGCCCGUUCCUCGUCGACCUCUUCUGGCGGAUCGACGUGAUCGGCAUCAUCCUGAUGAUAGCCGUGUUCGCCCUCAUCCUGGCGCCCAUGACUCUGGCCGGCGGCUUCGAGGCCUCCUGGACGGCCCCGCAAAUUCUGGGCCCUCUCAUCGUCGGCGUCUGCACGAUCCCGAUCUUUGUCUUCUGGCAGCUGCGCGCCCCUCACCCUCUGGUGCCCUUCUACCUCAUCAAGGACCGCGCCGUUUGGGGCGCCCUGGGCAUCGCCAUGCUGCUCAACUGGGCUUGGUACAUGCAGGGCGACUACCUGUACACUGUCCUCAUCGUCGCCUUCGACUUCGACAUCAUGACCGCUACCCGUGUCUCCUCGUUCUACAGCUUCUUCAGCGUCGUGACGGGCUGUAUCCUCGGCUUCAUCGUCUACAAGGUCCGCCGCCUGAAGAUGUUCAUCGUUGCCGGCACCUGUCUCUUCAUGGUUGCUUUCGGCCUCCUGAUCCGCUACCGCGGAGACACCGACAGCUCGAGCCGCGCCGGCGUCAUCGGCGCCCAGGUCCUGCUGGGCAUCGCCGGCGGCAUGUUCCCCUAUCCGGCCCAGGCGUCGCUCCAGACCGUCCUGAAGCACGAGCACCUCGCCGUCAUGACGGGCGUCUACCUGGCCACCUACAACCUCGGCUCUGCGUUCGGCGGCGCCGUCUCCGGCGCCAUCUGGACCCAGGUCCUGCCGGGCGACCUCAACCAGCGCCUCUCCCAGUUCAACAACGCCACACUGGCCACCUACGCCUACGGAAAUCCCUUCGCUUUCAUCGUAGAUUAUCCCGUCGGCACGCCGGAACGCCAGGCCGUUGUCGAUUCGUACAAGCACGCCCAACGACUGCUGACCAUCACCGGUAUCUGCUUGUGUGUGCCGCUAAUCGCCUUUGCGGCGGCCUUGCGGAAUCCAAAAUUGAACGACCAGCAGACCCUAGCCGCGGAAUCGCCGGCGAUCCGACAUGUUGUUGAGACCGAGAGUCGUGGGGAUGAAAAGGCGUAAUAUGAGAUAACCCGGAGGAAUUGUGGUUGGAGCGAUUCAAAGUCUAGUUGUUUCGUUAGGGCGGGCAUUGCCUAAGGUAAUCUAGAGCUCAAUCAGGAAGUUGUAGAACAACAAAGCG